AUGGAAAGAACCACCACACCGCCACCCCCACCGACCGAGGACGAGCUCGAGCGGUUUCGACAGGAAUGGCAAAAGGAAUUGCAACAGCAACGUGAACAGAGGCAACGGCAUGGGGAUGCAGCCACCCAGAGACAGGCUGAUGCACACAAGACGACUCAAGCGGUGGAGCAGUAUGCAAACGCCGUGGAGCUCGAGCAGAUGGGAAGGCUGAACGAGGCGCUGCAGGCUUAUCGGGGAGCUUAUCGGUUGGACGAACCGGGUGUGGGGGAUCGUAACGACCCUCUCACCCGGAUCUUGUUCUCGUGGUUAGAGACCGCGCGGGAAGAGAUCCUACACCCACCCAUUCCUACCGACCCACCUGUAGCUUCCUCUUCGUCCACUCGAGUCGUACCGACAUACAAGUCCCCUUAUUCUGCAGACAGGCUGCCCCAGACGAUUCACGAUCUGUAUCACCACCUCCCUCUCCUCCCCCUGGAAGAGAAGGACCCAGAUUCGGAGAUCUUGUUGUCAAAGCUCCCAGAGGAGAUUCUGGAGAACGUCGUCGAGUUCAUGGAUGUGGCCACUUUGGAGAGGUUCGGGUCGGUCUGUAAACGGUUGAGGGUGUUAACUCGCGGAGUGGGGAAAUGGAGGACCCUCUGCCGACAGAUCUAUCGGCCUCCGAUCUUGCCACCCGAGAUCUCACUCUCGACGCUCGUCAAGCGGCACGGGAUGGAUUAUCGGACGACUUUCUUGGAAGAGAGGAGGGUGCGGUAUGAUGGUGUCUAUAUCAGCGUGUGUCAUUACAUUCGGCCUGGACAGAGUGAACUCGCUUGGGUCAACGUGAGUCAUCAAUUGGUCACGUAUCACCGCUUCUUGCGUUUUUACCCGGACGGGACCGUCAUCGCGCUUUUGACGACCGAUCACCCGGUCGAUGUGGUACACAACAUCAAGCCCUCAUUACGCGCCAAGGGAACGUUGAUGGGUCGGUGGUCACUAUCUGACUGGGACCCCGAGAUGGAAAAAGACCGCCCGCCCUUCCCCCCUCACGCCCAUGCCACGCACCCGAUCAACUUGAUCUCUAUAACGGACCUCAUCGAACCGGGCGUGGCUCAUCCGAAAUACUCGUUCGAGAUGAACCUCGACCUGCGUUCGGCCCAAAGAGGAAGGUGGAACAAGCUCGUCAUGCGAGAUUAUCAGAGCGUGCGUUUAGGGACAGGGGAAGCGCUAGGACUGAGCUUGAAACAUCAGAAACCGUUCUUCUUUUCAAAGUGA